AUCACUUGUGAAUCAAAUAAGCUAAGCAAACAACAUGGAUAAGAAAUUUCUUGUCUCCUUUAAGCUAAGUCUAAUACUAAUUGGAGUCAAUUCUCAGCAAUGUGAUACAGAUGGAGGAGACUUCCGAAGGGAAGACAAGUUCACCGCAACCAAAGGUUUUGCCAUAUCGACAAGUAUCUUCAAAAGUGUUAAAGUGGCGCAUGCGUUUGAAUGUAGCGCCGCUUGUCUGUCUGACUCAAGAUGCAGAUCCGCCAACUACUACCAUAAAAGUACCGAGUCCUUGAGUCUGUGCGAGUUGAGUCGCGAGGCGGUGAAUGGCUCUUCUUCGGAUGCACUUGUACAGAAUGCAAAUUCGACUUACUAUAAAAGGACCCCAUGGGACCACUUGUGCGAGCGUUGUAAGAACGACGCCCGAUGCGUCAUCUCAAGCGAUAGGUAUCAAGGUUAUCGCUGCGAGUGUAAAUCAGGCUUCUCCGGUGAACACUGCGAAAUAUCCAGUCAUUUGCGGUCUUGCAAAGACAUCUUCGAGAGAUCCAGUAUGCGCAAGGACAAGGCUUACAGUAUUACCGUGGGCUCAAAGGUGACUGAGGUGUUCUGCCAAAUGUCCAGUAUCUGCGGAAGUGGGGGAUGGACGCUGGUCAUGAAAGCAGAUGGCUCAAAGAGUACAUUUCGCUACGAUUCACCACUCUGGUCAAACAAGUUAGAAUACAACCCAGAGGCAGGAUUAACCGGUUUAGACCACCGGGAGACCAAGCUAUCAACAUACUGGGAGGCUCCUUUCAAAGACAUCUGUAUCGGGAUGGAAGUCGCGGAUGACUUGAGAUGGCUCAACUUACACUACCCCUCUGAGUCCCUGUAUGACGUCAUUGCUGAUGGGACUUUCAAGGAUUUGUCCAUGUCGAAAGCUGAUUGGCUGGGCCUGAUUGCAGGCUCAGAACUUCAAAGAAAUUGCGGCAGGAAUGGUUUUAAUAACAAUCGGGUUCGCAUCGGGAUUAUGGGGAAUGGAGAAAACCAUUGCAACUCCCCGGAUAGCGAGCUAGGAUUUGGGGCUAAACAAAAUGGGUAUUGGGUAGGGAACACUUGUCAGUUUUGCAAUAAGCGAUUUACUUCAUUUGGGUAUAUUUUUGUGAAAUAACUUUCUCGAGACAAUAGAAGGUUACGGCUCGGAAACAUUUAUGGGCUGAGUAGGACGUGUUUCAAGCACUGCCACCCUACCCCCCCCCCCCCCCCCCGACAAAAAAACAGCGCUCAAGUGGUCUCCCCCCACAAAGUGGUCAAAACAUUGUACAUUUCGAUUUGCAUUUUUCAUGUGAAUUUUUUCUAUGAUUCUUAUAAAUAAAACAGUACGGAUUGAAUGAGCUCUGCACAAAUAACGUUGCAAAUACUUAAAUUUAAGUAAAGGUUUGCUACGUCACUUAUGUUACCAAGACAAAGUGGGUAAGAAAAUUUAACGUUCCAAAAUAGAUGUUAAUUAUAGCUUAAAUAAUUGUAUGUUCAUCAAAAUAUUCAAUGCUUCAUAAUAAAGCGAAUUAAAUAAUGCCAAUCACCCACUCCUUUGUUAUUGUUUAUCAUUGAAAAUACAGUGGCUUAUUCGUAAGGAAACUUUGCUCCACAUGAUGUCCACCUCUCGAUGGGUUACUAAACUAUAAA